UGCCUUUAUACCGCCCUCUAGCGCAAUUCACUUGUUUAAUUCGCAACGCUGAACGCUGAACGCUGAACUAUGCGAAUCAACACUUGGUAUCUCAUAUAAAAGAUACUUUGACGACAGCCUUAAAUAAUGUCUAAAGACGAAAGCACAAGUCAGCAGACGAUUGCUGCUCAAGAUGAUGACGAGCCGGAUGAGUGGGAUAAGAGGAUAUUUAGUACGGGAUGUGCAGAUGAGAAUACCAAAUUGACCGAUUGCUACUAUGAAAAGAAGGACUGGCGAGCUUGCAAGAAGGAGAUGGAGAUUUUUAAAGCUUGCUGGAAAAAACAUAAUAACGAUCAGAGGACGUCGAUGAAGGAUGCAUAACUGCUCAAGAAGCAAUCACUAGUUACUUGUAAAAUUAUAGGGGGGAGAAUAGAGAGGUUGAGGUAUUAAUAUUACACUAAUCCCGCUCCUAGAGUCAUACAUACAUCUGGUCGAUGUUGUAGAAGAAUUAUAACACUGGCUGCGCUGUUUUGCUAGGCCGUAGG